GGCGGGGCCCCUCCCUUGGCGGGGGCGCGCGCGCGCGGCGCGGAAGACCGCACUGGAAGGGGGAAGUCAGGUGGCCGCCGCCGCCACCAGCGCCACGGUUUGUCGCCAGAAGGAAGAUGGCGGAUCUGGAGGAGCAGUUGUCCGAUGAGGAGAAGGUACGCAUAGCAGCAAAAUUCAUCAUCCAUGCUCCUCCUGGAGAAUUUAAUGAAGUUUUUAAUGAUGUUCGAUUAUUGCUCAAUAAUGAUAAUCUUCUCAGGGAAGGAGCAGCUCAUGCAUUUGCACAGUAUAACUUGGACCAGUUUACACCAGUAAAAAUUGAAGGCUAUGAAGAUCAGGUGUUGAUAACAGAACAUGGAGACUUGGGAAAUGGAAAGUUUUUGGAUCCAAAAAACAGAAUCUGUUUCAAAUUUGAUCAUUUAAGAAAGGAAGCAACUGAUCCAAGGCCCUACGAAGCAGAAAAUGCGAUUGAAUCCUGGAGAACUUCAGUAGAAACUGCGCUGCGAGCUUAUGUAAAAGAGCAUUAUCCAAACGGGGUCUGCACUGUGUAUGGCAAAAAAAUAGAUGGGCAGCAAACCAUUAUUGCAUGCAUAGAAAGCCAUCAGUUUCAAGCAAAAAAUUUUUGGAAUGGUCGUUGGAGGUCAGAGUGGAAGUUUACAGUCACUCCUUCCACCACACAGGUGGUUGGCAUUUUGAAAAUUCAGGUUCAUUACUAUGAAGAUGGUAAUGUCCAGCUAGUGAGUCAUAAAGAUAUUCAAGAUUCCCUCACAGUGUCUAAUGAGGUGCAAACUGCAAAGGAAUUUAUAAAGAUUGUAGAAGCUGCAGAAAAUGAAUACCAGACUGCCAUCAGUGAGAAUUAUCAGACGAUGUCGGACACUACCUUCAAAGCCUUACGUCGACAGUUGCCAGUUACACGUACUAAGAUCGACUGGAACAAGAUCCUUAGCUACAAAAUUGGCAAAGAGAUGCAGAAUGCAUAAAUGAACAUUGCAUGAGCAGAUUGUUUAGUGUCUUUGCGUUACAAAAAAAAUUAUUGCAAAAGUAUUCUGAGCUGUCAGCUGCCCAGUGAGGUGGGCGGUUGCAUCUGAGAUCACUGUAAUUAAGGAGUGUGGUUAGAGCACGGAGCUUAGCUGAUAACCUUGUUCCAUUUCCUUUCUUCAGAGGGUCGGAAAUGAGUUUAGAUAAGCAUCUUACUCCAUUCCUCCUUCCCAAGCAUCUCUCUCUCUGCUCCUUCUACAGUGGAAAGGUGAUCCCUCUGGGUCAUGUCUAAAGGGUUUGAAAUAUCUCAAAAGCAUCUAUUUACGGUAGCCCUGACAUUGUCUUUGGCUUGUGAAAGGACAGCUAUUGGUGUUAGCCCAGUUGUGUUUAGCGGGCUCAAAAAUGGACACUCUAGUUAAGGUGGUUGAUGGACUUAGUCAUAUAUGCUGCUAAAGAAGUUAUCUAC